AUGUUCAAGCUCGCCCGUAGCAGCAGGCAGGUCGCCUCUGCUCUGCAGAGCUUCAAGGAAGCGCCCAUCCGCCAACAAGUGCGCAACCUCUCCAUCCACGAAUACCGAUCCGCCCAGCUCCUCGACUCGUACGGCAUCGGGGUCCCCAGGGGCAAUGUAGCGCACAGCCCCAAGGAGGCACAAGAGGUGGCCUCGCAGAUCGGCGGAGAGGACAUGGUCAUCAAGGCACAAGUACUGGCAGGAGGCCGUGGAAAGGGCCACUUCGACAACGGAUUCAAGGGUGGUGUGAGGAUCGUGUAUAGCCCACGCGAGGCGUCCAUCCUCGCCGACCAGAUGAUCGGCCACAAGCUCAUCACAAAGCAAACUGGCGAGCGCGGCAGGAUCUGCAACAGCGUCUACAUCGUUGAGCGCAAGUUCGCCCGUCGUGAAUUCUACCUCGCAAUCCUGAUGGACCGUCAAUCGCAAGGCCCUGUCAUUGUCGCUUCGAGCCAAGGUGGUAUGGACAUUGAGACGGUAGCCAAGGAGAACCCAGAGGCCAUCAUCACCACACCAAUCGACAUCCACAAGGGCGUGACCGACGACAUCGCGACCGACAUCGCCACCAAGCUUGGAUUCUCCAAACAAUGCAUUCAGCCGGCCAAGGACACCAUCCAGAAGCUCUACAAGAUCUUCAUGGAGAAGGACGCAACACAGAUCGAGAUCAACCCACUUUCCGAGACCUCCGACCACCAAGUCCUCUGCAUGGACGCCAAGCUCAACUUCGACGACAACGCCGAGUUCCGCCAAAAGGAAAUCUUCAGCUGGCGAGAUCCUUCCCAAGAAGACGCCGACGAAGUCAAGGCUGGCGAACAAGGCCUCAACUUCAUCAAGCUCGACGGUGACAUCGGCUGCCUCGUCAACGGUGCCGGUCUCGCCAUGGCAACCAUGGACAUCAUCAAGCUCAACGGCGGCAGCCCGGCGAACUUCCUCGAUGUCGGCGGAGGUGCUACCCCAGAGGCUAUCAAGUCUGCCUUCGACCUGAUCACAUCUGACCCCAAGGUGACGGCUAUCUUUGUCAACAUCUUUGGUGGUAUCGUGAGAUGUGAUGCGAUUGCUAAGGGUCUGAUCAAUGUGGUGGAGAGCAUGAACUUGAGGACUCCGGUUAUCGCGAGGCUGCAGGGUACCAACUCGGAGCAGGCGGAGAAGCUGAUUAAUGAGAGUGGGUUGAAGAUUUUCAGCAUUGAUGAUUUGCAGACGGCGGCGGAGAAGAGUGUGCAGUUCAGUAAGGUGGUGAAGAUUGCACGCGACAUCGAUGUUGGUGUCGAGUUCACCCUGGGUAUAUAG